AUGAGCAGUAGCUCCCCUCGUAAUGGAGAACUAGAGAAGCGCCGCCAAGCAUCUCUGUCGGUCCAGUGUCUUCGGCCUACACGCACGAUCGACCCCGUCCUGUAUCUCCCAGCAUCUCAGACUAACCGCCAUCGCUUGAUUAACUGGCGCCUGCACUGGCUACCCGGCUAUUACCCUUGGAAGGACUGUCGCUGUGGUGCACGAGCUGUCACCCGCGACCACUACAGUCUUGUUUGUCCGCUACUCCGUCCAUUGUGGCAAGAGCUUACCGACGCCUAUGGCACAGCUCCUUCAGUACCAUCUGGGAUGCAUACCAUUGAUGUCAUCCUUAACAAAAUACCACGCACCGACGUCGUUUUAUCCAACGGAAGAUGGCCAACCAUAUGGCCAGCGAUAUUAAGUAUCCUUCGAGAAAUCGAACGGCUCUGCCAUCCCGAAGAUCAUUUGCUGGAUGGGGAGUUCCCUGGGGACGACAUUUCACUACCAUUGCCAUCCGAGCACGACUAAAGUGCUCCGACUACCCUCCUUUCCUCUGUCAUUAUUUUAAUUUACUUGUAACAACCUACACAGACCUUAUCACACAUGCACUAC